UUGUCAACAAAACUCGCUCUUGGAAUAUAGUGAUUAUCAGGAUUUGUUAUCAGCACAGCUAAAAGUGAAAGUAACGUGCGAUACAGUGAUUUAUAACGAAGCAUUCCAUCGAAUAUUUUCUAUCUACCUCAACAGUUUGACAAUAUGAUUGUAAAUAAGGAAAUACCGUUCGAUUCCACACCGCUCGAAAAGGUCUACGUCAAUCUACGCAGCGUGGAGCAAUCGGUUGACCUUCUAACAUCAUCGCUUAUCAAACAGCAAACGCCGGCCCAAUUCCUAAGCUGGACGCUGAAAGCACUGAGCCUAACCGAUCUGACGACGCUCAGCGGCGAUGACACCCGGGCAAAUGUUGAGCGGUUGUGUUUUCGUGCCGCUUAUCCCUUUCCCGAGCGUAUGACGAACCCGAAACUGUACGGUAAGAUACAUACGGCCGCUGUUUGUGUGUACCCCAGCCGUGUCGCAGAUGCGUACGAGUCACUGAAAGCGCUAGGGAAGCUGGACCAGAUUCAAAUUGCUGCUGUUGCCACCGGAUUUCCCUCUGGUCAAUAUCCGCUGCAUUCUCGUCUGCAGGAAAUCCAGUACGCCAUUGAGCAGGGUGCUACCGAAAUCGACAUCGUGGUCGACCGAAGUCUGGUCCUGAAUAAUAACUGGGAACAGCUGUACAAUGAGAUCGUCCAAAUGCGGCAUGCUUGCGGGGAUAAGGCUCACUUGAAGACUAUUCUGGGAAUUGGCGAGUGUGGUACUAUGGUCAAUGUCUUCAAAGCGUCGAUGGUAGCAAUGAUGGCUGGAUCAGAUUUCAUCAAAACCUCCACCGGAAAGGAGGCAGUCAACGCCACCCUGCCAGUAGGGCUGGUAAUGAUUCGUGCCAUUCAAGAAUUCUACAGAUUAACCGGGAAGAAAAUCGGGCUCAAGCCUGCCGGAGGCGUGCGAACAGUGAAAGACGCCGUUGCGUGGAUGAUCAUGAUUCAGGAAACUUUGGGCGAUGAUUGGUUGGAGCCAGAACUGUUUCGUUUCGGAGCUUCUGGACUGUUAGAUGACGUUGAAAAACAGUACUGCAGUCUUCCGGUAAAAUGUAAGUAGAAACGCGUACUUGUUCUUUUAAAAUGUGUAUUUUUAUUAAAAUUUGUACAAUACAAUAACAAUAAAUAACUAGAAAAUUGCA